GCGGCGCGCGCCUGGAGCCCCCCCCCGCCCCGCCCCGCCCCCGCCACCAUCUGCUCUGGAUUUGGCGGCGGCGGUGGCGGCGGCUCCCGGCGCCUCCUGCUCCGGCUCGGCUCCGGCUCGGGCUCCGGGCACCGACCGCGUCUGCUCGGCCCCGUGCGCCCCGGGCCCGCGCGCUCCCACCUGCUGCACCCGCGCCCUGAGCCUCCCCCGCGGCUCGCCAAGUUCCCGCGGUCGGAGCCCCGGCUGGGCGCUGAUGGAACGGCCGCGAUGUUCGCUCCCAGGCUGCUGGAUUUCCAAAAGACCAAAUACGCCAGGUUCAUGAACCACCGGGUCCCCGCCCACAAGAGGUACCAACCCACGGAGUACGAGCACGCGGCCAACUGCGCCACCCACGCUCUCUGGAUCAUCCCCAGCAUCCUCGGGAGCUCCAACCUCUACUUCCUGUCCGAUGACAGCUGGGAGACCAUUUCCGCCUGGAUCUAUGGCCUUGGCCUCUGUGGCCUCUUUGUGGUGUCCACCAUAUUCCACACUGUCUCCUGGAAGAAGAGCCACCUCAGGAUGGUGGAGCACUGUCUGCACAUGAUCGACCGGAUGGUCAUCUAUUUCUUCAUAGCGGCCUCCUAUGCGCCCUGGCUGAACCUUCGGGAGCUGGGCCCCUGGGCCUCCCACAUGCGGUGGCUGGUCUGGAUUAUGGCCUCCGUUGGUACCAUCUAUGUCUUCUUCUUCCAUGAGCGGUACAAGCUCGUGGAGCUGCUGUGCUACGUGGUGAUGGGCUUUUUCCCUGCCCUGGUCAUUCUCUCCAUGCCCAACACCGAGGGCAUCUGGGAGCUGAUGACCGGAGGGGUCUUCUACUGCUUGGGCAUGGUGUUCUUCAAGAGCGACGGCAGGAUCCCCUUUGCCCACGCCAUCUGGCAUCUCUUUGUGGCAUUCGGUGCUGGCACUCACUACUAUGCCAUCUGGAGGAUCACGAGCAGAGCAGAUGAAAGUCACCGCGUGGGACAGUCUCCUGGCACGAUGCCUUCGACUCCCUCUUCCUUUCCCCUUGUGGGGAAGCUCUUGGAAUGGGCAGCUUUGGGAGUGGAGGGAGUCUGAGGCACCCCACCUGGGCAACCUCUGGUGCCUCCAAGAACCAGAGUUGGUCCUCGGCACCGAGGGGCGGGGCGUGGAUGCUGCUUCUUGGCCAUUUCUUUGCAUUCCAAAAAGUCCAGAGAAAUGAUGAGUCACUCAUUCAUCAGAGGGGACAAGCAGCUCCCCAGAAACUUGCUCCUUUGCCUGUGUUUAGGGCUUGUGGUGUCAACAUUGGGAGUUUCUCCUGGUCCCAAGUAACGGCUCCUAGAGGCUACUCAGCUGGGCCCCUCGGCCUCACCUGGACGUGGACUGUGCAGAGCACAGAGGUCCUCAACCUCUGAAGGGCCCAGUCAGCCAACACCACAGCCUCUGCGGGCCUGACCUCACACCCUGCAGGGCUGGGCCAGCCUCCCUGCAGUGCCGCCUGGACUUCGGCUGGGGAUGGGAGAAGAGUGAGCUGGCAUCCCAGAACCUCUGGAUAAAGCAUCUGUCUCAAGUGUAAAGGUUCUUAUUCUAUGGCUCCCAGCCAGACUGGGGUGCAUGAAGGUGAACCGACACAGGUGCCUUAUGCUUCAUUCUAGAACAUUCCAGGGCAUUUCUGGGCUCCAGGGCCUGGAAUCCCAUUUGUCCAAGCCAGUAUUAAAUAAUCCUGACACAGUCCUCAGACAGAUGGCUUCGGAGCCGGGAUGCUUGCGUCUGCUCCGUGUGUGCGUGUGUGCGCGAGCGCAUAUCUGCCCAGGCCCUCGGACCCCUGGCAGGUGUCCUGGGUACGACCGUCCCUGUGAGCUCACUAGGUGUUUCCCAC